AUGGGUAUGCUAUGUAUGCACUCGAUACUUGUCUGUGGCAUUGAUGGUUUGUAUUAUUGCUCUGACUGUAUGCGUCCCGGUGGAGAGAUGCCGAUUCCAUCACGUGUACUGCGGAGUUGGGAUUGGAAACCACGUCCGGUAUCCGAUCGUGGACGAGCCUUCGUUGAGGCAAAUCAGGAUACACCUGCUAUACGUAUCGAUCAGCACAAUCCUACGCUUUAUGAUCACGUGCCCAUCUUGAGAACAAUGAAGAUGCUGCGUGAACAGCUUCAGAUCGCCUCGAUGUACCUAUUCAAUUGCCGUGAAUCCAUAGCUGACGAUUUUCGCAGACGAGUAUGGCCGCGAGACCAUCUUUACAACGAUAUUCACGCAUAUUCUAUUAGUGAUUUGUUUCUCCUGCAUAAUGGGCAACUGGAGAAGCAAGUGCGUGGUUUUCUCAAACAUGCUGUAGAUCAUGUCAUGCAUUGUUCGCUGUGUCGACAGAAGGGUUUUAUAUGCGAAAUUUGCGAAGCCCCCGAAGUAAUCUAUCCGUUUGAAACCGAGACAACCUAUAGAGAGAAAAGUGAAGGUCGUGAGCCUUCUGUAAAUAGGAAGACACGUUGA